GUUCGUUAGAGCGAGAUUUGAGCGACGGCCAGCGACGGAGGAAAGGCACCACCGCACGCAGCACACUCUCAUCCUCGUUUCGGUUGCGCCCAGGACACGAUCACUGUGUGUGCAUGUGUGUCUGUGUGUGUGUGUUAGUGUUUGGCCAGAGCCAGUGUGCGUAUUCGGCCGGCCGAGGGUAUUUCAUACCGACGCUCGUCCGUACGGUUCGGUCAAUCAUUAAGCGGACGCCGUCGCGGUUAGGUUCUCCUCUGCUCUCGACACUCUCGACAGCAGUGAGGCACACGCAGCUCAGCAUACCACAGACAACGGGUUUGCUAAACGUUCGGUGUGCGUCGUCGUUGCCGAAAAGUGUGACGAUUUGCUUUUUGGGAACUGUCACACAUUCCCGCGUAAGUGCAAUUGGCCACCUGCAUACACCCGUGUCCCGUGUUGCAACGGUUUUGCCGCUCGUACCCGUUUCUGUGUGCCCCAAAUCUUAUCAGCUAGAUAAAGCGACGUGCAGCAUAAUCGCGGAUAGCUAACGGGUGUGUGUGUGUGUAACGAGAUAAACGAAACCAAAAGACCAAACAAACACAGUGUGUGCGUGUGUCCGCGGGGGCAAGGCAACAUCUGUUUCGGAAUUUCGGCUAGUCCCGGUCAUUGGUGUGCCGCACGCAGUACGGUUCGGGAAGGGUUCCGCGUUUCCGUGGCUUAGUGGCGUAAACAAGUGACCGCAGAGUGACAGUUUCGCGUUGCAAGGUAAGGGAGAGAAGUAAAUUUAGAACAUCAUUCCUCGGACUCGGGAGUGCGUUGAACGGUGGCAACCUUGAGCGCUGCAAUCCGCCUGCGUGCACAUGUGCAUUCGUGACGCGUACCGGCGUCAGUCAGUGUUCCCGUGCCAGAUGCGUGGUGCUUAAAAGUGGCGAAAAAUAGCGCACACAAAAAUCGCGUGAUAUUCGUGUUUGAAAGGGAGUGAGAUUGAGCGAGAGAGAGAGACAAUAAAAGGAUAAAUUAGAACCGCGACCGGAAGAACUUAUUUAUCCAGAGAAAUAAUAGCGUCUUGUAAGAACAAAGAAAGUGUAGGCAAACACACACAUACAUACGCAAACGCGCGCAUCGCAUUAGAUUUUGCGUUUCCCAGCAUACGCGUUGUUUUAUUCGCGACCAACAGCGCAAAACCGGGUACAAGGCGAACCCUUUUAUUUCGUUGGCAAACCAAGCAAACGCUUACACCAAGAAGAAGACGCAUUUCGGGCAUAGUGUGCGUGUUGAGCGUCUGAUGCAAAUCUGCUGCUCUUCCGCCGUUACCAAGGAUACACGCGUCAAGGACAGUUUGCUGUGUGUUUGUGUUUGUGCUGAAUAGGCUGUGUGAUCUUGGCGCUUCGGGGUGGAAUUGGAGGUCCUUCGGAAGCCUCCAAAAUAGAAGAACCGGGUUUAACGACCCGCUCCGCGCACUGGGAAGUGAUUAAGGAAGGUUUUUAUGUUGCAAUCGGGGCAACAUCCGGCCGCUGACACGGAGAAAGCCACCGUCGUCUAUCAGCUGGCCAGCAACGGCAACCACACCAACGGUGACAUCGGUAAAGUGAGAUCACCAUCGACAGGAGCUGGAGUAGCAGCACCGAGACGCAGCAAGAUGCUCGUGAAGGAGUUCUGUAACCGGCGGUGUAUUCUUACAUCGUCCGGACUGCUGCUGGUUGCCAGCGGGACCUUCUUCAUACUGUUCUUCCCGAUCAUUUUCCAGGACAUACUGCACGAGGAGCUGAAGCUGCGACCCGGGUCGCGCAGUUACGAUUCCUGGGUGUCGCCACCGUUUCCGCUCGCCAUGGACGUGUACUUCUUCAACUGGACCAACCCGGAGGACAUUACGAACCACUCGACGAAACCGAUCCUGGAGGAGCUCGGCCCGUACCGGUUUAUCGAGCAUCCGACCAAGGUGGACAUCGAGUGGCACGAUGCGAACGCGACCGUGAGCUACCGGAAGAAGAGCCUCUACUACUUCGACGAGGAGGGCAGCAACGGCAGCCUGGACGAUGUGAUUAGUAGUAUCAACAUUGUCGCUGUGUCGGCAGCCAAACGGUCCAAAUACUGGGGCUACCUCAAGCAGAAGGGUGUCUCUCUGGGGUUGAACGUGUACGAGCAGAAGAUCAACGUAGUCAAAACGGCGGGCGAGCUGCUGUUCGACGGCUACGAGGACAAUAUGGUGCUGAUGGGCAAACACAUGUUUGACGCCGACGAAGUACCGUUCGAUCGUGUCGGAUGGUUCUACACGCGUAACAACUCGGCGGACCUGAUCGGCCACUACAACGUGCACACGGGCGUGGAGGACAUCGGCAUGCUGGGCAAGAUGGGCGAAUGGAACUACAAGCCGCGGACGGACUUUUUCGAAGGUACGUGCGGCAUGCUGAACGGAUCGGCCGGUGAGUUCUACCCACCGGGUCUGUCCAAGGAGCGACCGAUCGAGCUGUUCACGCCCGACAUGUGCCGCAGCUUGCCGCUCGACUUUGAGGAGGAAGUCACCAUUCACGGGCUGAAGGCGUACAAGUAUUCGGGCGAUCGGAGAGCGAUCGACAACGGGACGCUCUACCCGGAGACGGCCUGCUUCAGUGCGGGCGAGAUCGUGCCCUCGGGGGUGCUGAACAUCUCGUCCUGCCGGUUCGGUACGCCCGUGUUUGUGUCCUUCCCGCACUACUACGGUGCCGAUCCGUUCUAUCUCGACCAGGUGGAGGGGUUGAGCCCGUCCAAGGAUAAGCAUCAGUUUUACAUGUCCAUGGAGCCGACCACCUCGGUGCCGCUGGACGUAGCCGCACGCUUGCAGCUAAACAUUAUGAUUGAACCGUACGAGAACAUCAACCUCUUCUCCGAUGUGAAACGCGUCUUCCUGCCCGUGCUAUGGUUCGAGCAGCACGUGCUGAUGCCCUCCGAGCUGGCGGGCGAAAUCGGCCAAGCACUAACCAUACCCUCGAUCGUGCGGCUCUGUGGCAUCGCAAUGGUAGUGUUCGGUGCGCUGAUGCUGCUCUGGAUCCCACUGGAGCGUACGUUCUUCCGAAGGCGGCGCAUAGCCGGUACGAUCGGUACCAAGGAUCCGGCCGCCCUGAACGGUGUCCGUUCUUUCGCGCUCUCCAACGAGAAGCCUCUGCUCGGUGCGGGCGACAAGCAGAAGAACGGCAAAGCGACAACGGCCACCGCAAUCGUGCUGGUAGACAAGCUGCUCGAAAAGCCGGAAAAGCAACCGCUGCCCGAUCGUCCCCAGUCGCCGCAGUCGGCCGAACCGGAGAGUGCACCACUGAUCGAGGGCCGCAAUGUGACGAUCGUUAAAGCGUGAAACACGUGAAAGCACGCAUUGAUAAAUGUAGCCCAAAGCGGAAACGUGCAGCAUUUGUAACAAACAAAACACAAACAAAGCACAGACCACCCUCCCCGGUCUGUGCGGUACUGUGUGAGAUUCCAUGAGACGUGGCCCUGCUGCCCCCGUCUGUUGCGUGUUCGAAAUUCUGACUGAUUCGAUUUUCGGUGGCGUUUUAGCGUUUUAAGUGAUACCAAACCCCGCCUUAACUGAAAAAAAGCAAUUCCCCCAAAGUGAUAGAUAACGUACGUUGCGCGUGUGACAAGCGAGAACCUAGAAGCUACGGGUUAGACAAGUAAGCCUACCGAUAUAUUUACCAAUAGCUCCUCCAUCGGUGUAACGUGAAUCGUGAAAGGGACCCAUCCCGUGGGGCCGUUGGCGAGUCGCCCUAUGGCCACACACUAACUUUGAGAAGAAGAAGCCACCUGAUAAAAGACAAAGCAACCAAACGUAGCAGGAAAAGGGACCAGUCACUCAUAUUUACACUUUAUGCUGUAAGGAUCAAUUCAUGCCCUGUGACCUCCUGAAUGAUUGCGUCAUUUAUUGUCGUGCUGUUUCUAUGUUAGGUCUUAAGAGCACUUUGCGCGAUACAUAUUUCAGACAUUCUCUAUCGUCGCGCGUACCGCGAUCGCACAUCUUCUAAUCGUAGUUGUAUGAUUAUACAAAGAGUGUUGUGACGUUGAUACGAUUUGAGGGAGGUUUUUUUUUCUUUGCUUGGCUGGCUGGAGAAUGUAGCUCUACACAUACAUUAGUAGCACUUUAAUGAAACAAAUCUCGUCCCUUAUAAUAGAUGUUUAAGAUGAAAAAAUUAAAGUGAAACAAAACUAUUGUCGAGCUUGCUGUUGGGUUUGCUGUUUUUCUAUUGAAAAUAGCAACCAUCACUCUCGGCUGUGUGCGUAUGUUUUUGUGCUUGUCAUCAAGCAAAGCAAACACACUGAAAAAUAUACUUCAAACCAGAUGGAUUGUGUUAGUUGGAAAACAAAAAUAUUGGAGCAAGAUUUGGUUGGAAAAAUCGUUCGGAAAACAUUUCCAAAUCUGUUUGCAAAAGCCGAGAACAGCAGAUGAUGCGACUGCUUAGUGCGUUAAUAUUAAAUCAUCCAAAUCCGUUCCUAUCGAUAAGCAGCAAAGACUAGAGUAUAGAUAAGGUGAAAAGGUUUAUUUUGAAGAGCAUCCCUGCUUUUCUUCCCAUUUGGUUUUAUUGACUGUGAAAUGCUCGUUACAAUCACAAUGAUCGCAGCGUAGUGCCGCAGGUAAAGUUGGGCCAUUUGUUAACACUUAAGACAGUGUGAUUCGUUUUGCCAAUGUAACGGAACGGGAAAAGGAAAGGAUGGCCAAAAAAAAGAAACCUACUAUUGAACGAAACAGUGUGGAAAGAUUUCUAGUUUAAGAAUAUUGUCAAUAAAGGAACAAAAGAUUGCAUGCUAAAAACAGACGAAAAUAUAGAAUGUAUAUUUAAAAACAAA